UCAGCUUCCAGCAUUCACACUAGCAUUAUCAGGUAAUGAUAUGUAUUUAGUAAUAAUUAUGUUGAAAAGUUACGGUUUUAGUUUUAAGUUUUAAAAGAUUUGUUUUAGUGUUUUUAAUUAAUCUUCAUCCUGUUCGGCCCAUGACCUAACAUGUGUUUUGGAUUUUGGCCCCCUGUGUUGACACCCCUGGUCUAGAAGUUCAGUCAAGGAUUUUCUUGAAAAGUUUCACCGUUCAUCCCAGUGGCGUCAUCCGUCUGGUAUCUAUACGUCUGUGUUUGUGUUAUUUUUCUGGCAAAUGAACAACAGCUGAGCAAUGUUGACAGUAUGUAGAUUAAUUUCUGAUUUUUUUUCUCUGAUUUUUUCUGGUUAUUUCAGCGAGCCAGAAUCUGAAUCGUUCUGCAGUGACAUGGCGGACGGGAAGGAAAAGGUCUUUAAACUGGAUAAGAACUUGAACCUGAUAGUUUCCUACAACAGGACGUCCUUGAAGACAGUGGCUAAUCUGGUGAUGGUCAUCAACAAAAUGAAAAUGCCUCCAGAGGCUGACGGGUGUUUGAGCGCCAUCUUGGAACACGUGGUGAAAGAAACUGUUGUCUGCAACGACCAAAACACCUCCUCUGAAGAGCGGAGGGUCUCCUUCACCAGAACGGACAGCAUGAUGGAGUUCAAGCUGGCUGACAAGAGUCAGAAACACAUCGUCCAUUUUCCGGAGGAGAUGAAACUGAGGGCCAUCACGCUGAAGGGGGGAUACUGCCAUCUCAAAGCAAACUUCACCAUGUCGAGGUACAACCCCACCUCCUGCAACGGCAACAACGGGAAGACGGUUCUGCUGUCGAUCACCAAAAACCUGCACCUGUCCUGCACCAAGACGGACAGCGAGGUGGUCCUCAACCUGGAGGAGUGCUGCGAGGAAAAACUGAAGGAGAUCAAGACGGACGAGGACAUGGACCGAUUCCUUUUCUUCAAAAAGAUCGAAGGAACGAGCCAGUGGUGCUUCGAGUCGGUGAAGUACCGCGGCUGGUUCAUCAAGACGUCGACCGAGGACACCAACCCCCUGGUGGAGAUGUGCCAGAGGGACGGAGACGGCUGCAACAAGUACUUUCAGGGAUGCCAACAAAGACGGCUCUAGAAUCUCAUAAACCGAGCGGGUCGCACCAAAACGUUUUGGUCUUUUCACGUCUGGAAGUUUUGAGCAGUCGACGUGUGAUUGGCUGAUAAUCACUAAAAUAUGCUACUACUUUUUUAACUGUUUAGAGGUAACAUCUCUGUUCCUUGUUGGAAAAAUGUGUACCAGGAUAUUCCUUCAAAAAUAUUGUUUUUUAUAUUUACAUAAAUCAAAAUAUACACAAGGUUUUCAGAAAACAUUAUGUUUACAUUAUCGUUCACUGAAAUGUAUCUUUGAAAGUAUGCAUGUAAAUAAUAUCAAUAAACUAGAUGUUUGUCUGUAUUUACCACCAGCGGUUGGGAGAAACAAAAAUAAUGCAUUACUAGUAUUGUGAUCAGUUUGUUUCAAUCUUUUACUUUUUACAUUUUCAGUAACUUGUGUUACAACAGAUUUAAUCAUCCAAAAUUUCACCAUUUAAAGCAGCGAGACUAUAAAUGCCUUAAAAACAUUAUUAUCUGCUUGUGUUUGCUUUUUAUGUCCGUAGGAUUCCCCGUUGUCACUUUUUUUUCUGUCCUGAUGUUUUAGUAAUUUGAGUAACUUUAACAUUUUUCUGAUUAAUUUCCCUUUAGGGGCUCCAUAUCAAGGCAAUAAGCAGCAAUAAUUUAUACUUGUAUUUCUUGUGUUUUUUUUUUUUCUGUUUUGGGAAGUUAAAAGAUUAAAUGUGUUAUUGUUUCUUAGGUUAUUUCUUUGAUAAUUAGCCUGUAUUUGCAGCAUGAACACAAGUUAAAGUUUCUUAUUUGAGUUAUGUCAAAGUAAAAUCAAAUGUAUUUAUUUUAUUAUAUUGUUUAUUUAAUAGGGACAGAUAGAAAAGAACAGAGAUAAUUGCAUUAAAACAAUCUGAUGUUUAUAUCACAGUGUUUGUAGCUGUGGCUAAUUAGCAACAUCCGUUCCUAGUGGAGCUUUACUGAAAUUAGUUAAACAGUGAAAAGAAAAUACAAAGAGUUUCUGCCUAAAAACUGUAGAAAUUCAUCAAUACCCAUUAAAAACAAGUAGAAAAUGUACUUAACUAUACUCGUUUUUUUAAAAUAACAAUCUAAGCUUUCUUCAUAACCUGCUUGACCUUCAGAAUUGUAAAUUUUUCUGUGAGAUUUUGUCAAAAGUCAAUUUUUAAUGUGUUAAUAGUGCAAGUACAUUGAAACAGCUUUUCAAAAAAUAUCUCAUUUACAUUUUUGUAAUCGGUCUUUACAAAAAAAGGCAACCAGUAAAUAGCCAGCUGUAACCUAGAAGCUAGUUAGCACACAUCAAAACGCUCAAAUGUCCUCACAAAGACCAGUGUCCCUGUACGUAUGUGUCGACACCGCAUGUGGUUCUCACAAGGUGAUAAAUACAAACACAUACACACACACACAGCAACAAAUCUGACUGUCAUUAAUCUGUAAAUGUCAGCUGGUCUUUACAUUUUACCAAAGAAGACUUAAAGAAUCUCAGCCAAUCAGCAGCAGCUGGUUGGAAGUCAGCUCCCCCUCAUUGGACCCCCCCUCACAGGUUUGCAUGGUGACACAUCAGGCUGGUUUCCAUCCGUCUCUGAUGCUGUUCGGCGUUGACGUGCAAAGCAGAUUAUUUGACGGGAGGGGGGGCAGAGAGUCCUUUCUGCUCUGAUUUAUUGCUCUGCUGCUUUCAGUUCAGAUUAAUUCUGUUUUUUUAUUUUAUUUCUGCGAUUCUGCUCCAACAUUUCAUUGCUUUUAAUAAAGUUUUGCUGAAAAAAAAACAUGUUUCUGCCUAAAUGAAUCUAAAAUGGUUGCCUUCUCAGAGGGUUCAUGACCAUAUGAAAUCAUUGUUGCACGGUGAGCGUGCACGGUGAGCGUGCACGAGCAUUUUCCGGGUCUAAUGAGCAGAGUGAAGCUGCAGCCAAUCGUUGAACUGGCCGCUCACGUGUGCAGACCAGCAGUGAACCUUCAGUGCAGGACUGCAGCAUGUGCGUAUGUGCACGUGCUGCAGCCGUGCACGCUCACGGCAGCACAUGGCAACAGCAGCUAAAUAUAGAGCCAGCAGCCCGGCUUCACAGCGGGAUCCAGCUUUCCCGUGCAAACGGCGCUGCUGCCCUUCUUCCUGCAGACACGGCCGCUCGUGACGCUCCUUUCACCUCCUGCUGCAGCUCAGAGGAGGUCCUGACCUCCUCGGAUGGAUGGGGGCUUUUCCAAAUGCAGAGUCCUCCUCCUGUGUGUUGGUAGCAGAACAUGGGAUGGAGGCUCUGAGGGGUCCUGGUGCUGCUAACAGGAUGCAUUAGCACCACUGUUGACAUGUGCAUGCUUUUGGACACACCAGGGAGUGGUGGUGGGGUGGUGGGGGGGGGGGGUGUCAUUAGGGACCAGAAGAUUUAACCAAAACUGGAGAACUUC